UGUACAAAACAGAUUAUGAAAGUUCAAAGACACCAUGCCUAUCCUAGUCAAAGAACUAAUCAGAAAGUAGAAACCAUUGCGAUCAUCUCAGAUCCCCAUAUAUAACAUCCGAGCUGUAGCUAAUCAGUAUAGGGCCAGAGAAAUAAGAUGAGUUUAAACACAGAUGUGGCGUUUGUGCAGGAGGAUAAGGAUUCUGGGAGUUUUUCCCAGAAACCACAUAGAUCAUCUCUUCGGCCGGUACCAAAUGUUCAAGAACUGGUAAGGAAUGAUCCUUUACAGGUUCCCAAAAGAUAUAUUAGGAACGAAGAAGACAUGCCGAAGGAAGCGGAUAUUUGUCAUCAUCUUUCUUCUGAGAUUCCUAUCAUUGAUGUUUCUUUGCUCUCCAAAGGGGACAACGAGGAGCUUCGCAAACUCGACCUGGCUUGCAAAGAAUGGGGAUUCUUUGUGAUGAUAAAUCAUGGAGUGGAAACAGAAGUAAUGCAGGGCAUCAAGGAUGCUGCGGACAAGUUCUUUGAACUUCCAAUAGAAGAGAAGAAUUUUAUUGCUGUGCCAUCAGCUCAGAGACAAGGCUAUGGUUUUAACCAAGCAAUUUCUGAGGAGAAGAUUUUGGAUUGGUCUGACAGAAUUCUUCUCGGGCUUUACCCAUAUCGACAUAGAAAGCCUGAGGUUUGGCCACCGACACCACUCAAGGAAGCUAUUGAGAUAUAUGGUAGUGAAGUUAGACAUGUUGCAGAGGAGCUCCUGAGAUCUCUAUCUUUGAUUAUGGGGAUGGAGAAGGAUGUUCUUCUUGAACUACAUCAAGAGCUGGCACAAUUUCUGUCUGUGGCGUAUUAUCCUUCAUGCUCUAUGCCUGACAAAGUACUAGGUCUAACCCCUCACUCCGACAAAGCUAGCAUAACCAUACUUAUGCAAGACGACGGUCUUACCGGACUACAACUUAAACAUGAAGGAAAAUGGGUACCGGUGAAGCCAAUUCCAAACUCUUUGGUUGUGAAUGUUGGAGAUGCGAUUGAGAUAUGGAGUAAUGGGAUGUACAAGAGCAUUGAGCACAGAGUCGUGACAAAUGAAAGCAAAGCAAGGUUAUCUUAUGCAUCAUUUUUUGCGCCACAUGAAGAUGCAGAAAUUGAGCCCUUUGAUCAAAUGGUACUCAACUCUCCAGAGUCCAUUCAGAUAUACAAGAAAGUCAAAUAUGGAGAAUAUAUUAAGGAAGGUAUCUCGAAGAAGAAAUUUUAUGAGAAAGAACAAAUUGAAUUUGCCAAGAUUGGAAGUUAGAGCAGAUGCUUCAAUUAUCAUAAGCCAGAGAACAAUAGAAAUAAAGAUGUAUCUAAAUCCAGUCUUCCUAUCAUUACUUUAAGUUGGACUGUACGUUCUAUCACUUCUAUGUUGCCUAGUUUGUGUGUUCGAUUUGAUUUUCGUUGCUGUACCAUUUC